AUGGACGAUCUCACAUCACUCAUGAUGGGCACGCUUGGGCUGCCGGGUAAAGAUGAGUUCGGCGCAGAGAGGGAUACAAAGCGGCCUCUGUUACUCGAUUCUGUCAUGGAGGGUCAGCCGCGCAUCUCAGGUAGCCGGCUCCUGACUAUUCCCGCCGAAAUUCUGGCCAAUAUAGUAGAUUUUAUAGCCGAUGACCAGCCGACUCUGGCUGCGCUAGCCUUGGUGAACAGCGACUGCAGGCAGGUGGCCCGCUCGUGCCAAUUUGUCGACAUCUGCUUCGACUAUAGCCCUCAAUCCUUUGGUCUUCUGCGAGCUCUCCUGGAAGAAGCUGCCACCAGAGUCAGCGCUGUGUCUCAGCCUACCAUUGGAGCUUGCAUUCGCAGAAUCACCGUGAAGUCUCAUCGACACUGGGUUGCAUCUGUCCACCGGGAACUUUACGAGUCCUUCUUUGGAGACACACGCGAUUCGUACACCCGAGAGCGAGUCAAUGAACUUCGCGAAGAGGCCACCGAGAAAUACCUCACCUACCGCUCCACUCUACUGAUGGCUAUCUCCGCUGCCAUGCCUCACCUCGAGACCAUUGCAUGGCACGAUCAGAUUUCUGUCGACGCCCACUUCCUCAAAGUCAUCGCCCACUCGUCUAUCAAACAUCUCAAGCUGUCCCGGGUCCCUAUUGAGGAACCUUAUCUCAUGGAACCUCCCUUGACACCCGCAGCCAUGCAAUUACAUUCCCUUUAUAUCGACACCCACCUAACUUGGCGAGAUGAAGACGAUGUCGAGAAUGAACAUACGGCACUUUCCAUCCCUAGAGAAAUCUCCCCCUUCUUCAAAAGCCUACUCCUGCGGUGUGCUCCUACGCUUGAGUCGCUGUUCUUGGACACCAUGGAGGUCACUAGCAGAAGAGAGACCAUCUCACUCGGCGAUGAACCUAUAUCCUUUCCCCGUCUCCGGCAGCUGAAGCUCGGCUGGCUCAAACUUGCUCCGCCCGCCUUAUCAUCAUUUCUUUCCGCACCUCUCAGGCAACUAACCUUGCCGUCACUUUAUGACUGUGAUACCGAUAAGAACGUUCUCGUCAACUGCGAGCCAUUGCACGAUCUUCAGAUAUUGGUGAUCCCGCCGCUCAUUAAUCUCAAGACUGCCGAUGCGCUCGUCAGCUUCCUCGAAAAGCACAUAAAUCUUCCGAAGCUUUGUAUAGAGCAGUCCCUUCCCACGGUGCUAGAUUCGCAAAUCAUUCCACUUUUGUCCGCGGGGAAUUUCUCAAAUCUCCUCUCUCUCUCUCUGUCGUGGAGCGGUCCCGGCUUUGAACAAAACACGCGACCACAUAUUGCGACCGUUGCGGAGGAGUCCAUCGCGGCUAUCGGCACAAUCGUGUCGCUCGAGCAGCUGUGUCUUACUGCCGGAGAGGACAUCGGAUGGCGGUGCCAGUGGCUAGUUGAUCAUGAAAUGCUGCGAGCGAACUUGAAGGGAUUAACGAAGCUCAAGAAGCUGGCAAUAUGCCGGGAUACAUACCGGACCCAUUUAACAACGGACGUGGAGGGGUACUACUCGGACCUGGUCCUCCCAGAUGCCGAAUGGUUUGAUCCACACGCUAGGCCGGAGUUGGAUGAAGUGGCCGACGUCGAAAAUGACGAUAUUCCUCAUCAAGAAUGGGAGCGCGCCCACCGCAAUGGCAUGCUGUGGCAGGCGGAGAAGUACGCGGCUACAAUACCCAGUCUAGAGUGGGUUUUCUGCGGGCAGUGGCCUAUGGCGAUCAAAGAGCGUGGGAAUGGGACGUUCAGAACCGCGAUUCCGCUAACCAAGGAAAGGGACGAUUGUUAUACUGCACUAAGUCGUAUGUUUGCUAUGGGAGGCGAGGAAGAUUAA